UCUGUCAUAGCAGCACUACGUGUGCGCUUCCAGAAACCCGUGGAUAUAAUAAGAUAUAUAAUCUGUCAAAUAGACAUUUUCUGAACCGGGAGACAUUCCCACUCUUUGGUUUCAAUUCCUUAAGUUUCAGUUUCACAAAAACAACCUAUCCCACGCCCCCACCUAUAACUAGGACUGCACAGCUGUUUUCCAUGAUCUUUGGAUUCACGUCAAGAUGGGUGCAAUAUUCAACCUACUUGAGCAGUACAGACUGGAGUCAUACUACAACCCGUUUCUUCAGAUGGGUUUGAAAGAUGAAAGAGAUUUCCUGGAUAGUGUGACGGAAGAAGAUCUAAACCGCAUGGGUUUAAGUCAUGUGGAAAAGAAUCGAUUUGCAGUCAUGAAAGACUUCAUUCAAAGGCUCAGAGCUCCAGACCGCCAAGUCCAAACCGUUACACCUGUGCAAAAAUCAGUGAAAUUGUUCUCUCUGCAGUACACAUACCCCAAAUGUCUUAAACCAAAGCUUAUUUCAGGUAUGGAUCCAGCACAAAACACAGUGGAAGAUAUAAUGUUGAGGAUCUGUCACCUUGAAAAUGUUGGAAACACCAAAGGAGUUUGUCUCUACACAGUCGAUGGGAUGCCCUUGACAGAAGACCCCUUCUUCAACACGUGGUCUCUGAAAGACAGACACAUUGAAAAUGGAGCUCUGAUUUACGGCAUAUUUACACCAAAGGAAAACCUGACACAGGCUCAUCAAAUGCCAAAGGAGGAGUCUGGUCCAUCCUCUGGAACAGAUGUCAUUCGAUGCCACGUCAUGCUCAAGGGAAACUUUGAAGUUAUGGUGAACUUGGAAACAGACACGGUGGCAACUCUAAAGCUCAGGUUGUCAAAUGCAAGUGGAGUCCCAGCACAUGUCCUCCAUCUCGGAUGUAAAUAUUCUGGUGCUGAUACACUCCAAAAGUGUGGAAUCUCUGAAGGAUCAACUGUUGCCUUUGCGUUGUCUUCCUUUACUAAAGAGAUUUCCCAUGAUGAGACUUUCUACAUCAAUGAUGUUGUGCCUUCAGUGCAACAAACCCAGAAAGGAAUCAGUGUCUUCCUGUCUUCUCUUUAUGCUGUUGGACAAUUUGUCAUCAACUCCAAGCGAUUCAUUAAGAGCGACCAUUCCGAAAGCGUCCUGAACAAACUGAUUGCGUACAUACGAACACUGACCGGAUGUAACCCCCUCGCCCAAAGUUUGCAUCAGUUACUCUGCAGGAAUGAAAGGAUCAGCAGGAACCAGAAGAUUGCAGUUGUUGAGGGCCUGUACAUGCUCUUCAGAGAGUUGUUGCCUCAGCAAGCAUCACAGCGAGGGGAAAAAGUCAUAGAGGACCAGGAUGUCUUUGAGAACUCAUUGUACUGCUGGGCUCAUCUCUUUUCAAAAAUUGAGAAACAGGAAUCAAAACAUGAAGUUUACGCUCCCAUUUCUCUGGUGUCCAAUGACCGUGACCAGUUCUACGAACCGGUGAGAGUACCCGGAGUACCAGACGUCUUUGAACGAGCAUAUGUUCUCAAAAAAAUUAGAGAUGGAGAGAAAAUUCCAAAUUGCACUGAAGAGCCUUUGCGAGAAUGCUCAUUACAGAGAGCCACUGACAUUGAGAAAAUCCUGCUCAGCGUUCCUCGAUUUGUCCGAACGUAUCCUCUCUGGACUCACCAAGACAAUAUGUCUGGUCAGAACUUUCAGGUGGAUAUUCAGUGGACUUUUGGCAGUAUGGUGGAAGUUUUGAAAUCUUUCCCUAGUCUUAAUGUGACCCCGCCUCUACAUCUGAAGGAUGUGGGACAACAUCAGAGUGACCUUAUUCUGCUCAGUGAAGAUAAUCUGGGCAUUUAUUUGGGUAGGAGCAAAGGAGCAGCUGAUAUGAUCCAAGUGCGCGAUUGUCUAGAUGGAAAAGUGAAAAUAGUGGAUUUAAAUUUGCUGGCAGCCAAGACUGGUGACCACAGAGACGACCAAUCAUUUGUCACAACCAGAACUCCAAAAGAGGCAAUACUGGUCUUGGUAGAUACGAGCUCCUCGAUGGAAGAGGAGUGCUUCGAAAAUGCAGAAAUAAAGAAAAUCAAUGCUGUCAAAGAGCUCUUUGACAAUUUUGCCACCAGGAGCAUGGCAUAUGAUUUCCAUCAUGUCAUUGGUCUGGUCAAGUUUGACUCCAUGGUGAAAACGCUCCACACGUUCACGGAAAAUCUGGAAAAGUUCAAAGUGCACACACGUAGCCUUGAGGCGAGUGGAUGUACUCUGCUGUAUGACGCAAUGCGACGUGGAGUUUUAGAGCUGGAAAAAGUCAAGGCAAGCUUCCCAGAUUGUAGACUCCGCAUCAUAUGUCUCACAGAUGGCAAUGAUUCUGGAUCCUUUAUGGACCCUGUUGCUGUUACAGCCAAGUUGCUGAAAUCAAACAUCACUGUGGAUUCAAUCCUUCUUGGAAAAGUGGAAAACACCAUGCUCCAUGGAAUCAGCAAUGCAACAGGUGGCUGCUGUUUCAAACCAAAGACAGUCAAAGAAGGUCUGAAGCUGUUUGAGAUCGAGACAGUUCUGUCUCUGGAGCAGAGGAAACCCAAGGAAAAACUUGACCCAUCUUCCAUCAGUGAGCACAUAUUAACAAGCAUGUUUGCUACUCGGGGCUAUGAUGAAUAUCCAGAGACGUCCUUGCCAAGCCAGAUGAACAGCAAAGUGAUGGUGACGGAGAGUGCUCUGAAAAAGAAGAUUCGAGAGGCAAAGGACGGCCGUUUCAUGGAGAAGGACAAACGUAUCCUGGAGGAGCUCAAGUGUCUGCAUUGUGACCCACAUCCCUUCUUCAGGGUCUUUCCAUCAGAAUCAGACUUAACAUUCUGGAGGAUUCUCAUGCAAGGACCUCCUGACACACCGUAUGAAAAAGGAGUGUUUGAGCUGUACUGCCAGUUUGUUCCUGAGUACCCAGUGAAGCCUCCCAUCGUUCGCUUUGUCACACAUGUGUACCACUGCAAUGUCAACAGCAUCGGUCGCAUCUGCCACAACAUAUUUGACCGCAACUACAACGCCCACAUUACCAUGAGAGAGAUCUUUGAUGCUGUGUAUGGACUGCUCAUCAUCCCUGAGCCUGAUGAUCCGCUGGACAGCAUUUUAGCUGAGGAAUUCCUGGCAAGCCGCGAGACGUACGAACAACAGGCCAGAAAGCACACAGAGGAACAUGCUGGAACAUCGAUGGACAGCAUGGAGAAGGAACUGGUCGAUCCUGUGCCAGAGUUUAUACCCCAGCAUCUGAUUUGUCCUCUCACCAAGAAGAUGUUUGUGGAUCCUGUGAAAACAGUAUAUGGCACCGUAUAUGAAAGAAAAGCCAUUGAGGAACACCUGAAACAACACCAGUAUGAUCCAAUGGCUGGACCAGGAAACGAGCUUGAAGCAAGUGACAUGAUAGCAGACAGGGAGAUGAAGAAAAUGGUGAUGGAUCAUCGAGCUCGUCAAAUUCAGUGAAUCUGGAGAGAAAGCUUUGAUUUGUGAUGCCUACACUUAAUGUUAGGACAAUGUGUGAAGGAUGAAGAGUAGCUAGACGUCUGUGCUGGUUUCAUUUUUUUUUUGCUUGUUUUUUUUUUUCCCUGUUGUGUGACAAGCUGAGUUCAAAUAAGCUUCAAACAAGUUACAAGUACCAAGUUAGAAAAACAGACCUGAGACUUUUAAUUAUUCCUGAAAAUGUUUACAAAAGUCUCACUUAAUAAAGUUUGUGUUUAUUAUUCAUUGCAUAGUUUGAUAGGCAUAUUAUUCUAGAAACUUCAGAUGCAUAGCUGCUAAUGCAUAAUCACAUGUUCUGAAUUGAUUAUGCUGUUCUUUUUUUACCUGAUUGUCUUUUGUUUUUGGAGGGCUUAAUAAGAGUUUGUUGCAAUUAUCUUGGUUGUGAUCAUAGAAUAAAGCAUAAAAAUGAGGGAUGGCAGCCUUUCUGGUAUUACUUUACUGUCACACAGGUUCAGAAUGGUGUUCAGACUAAAUUCUAAAAUAUUUGUACUCUGUAUUUUAAAAGUUAUACUUGUUUUAAACUAAAUAAAGUUUUUUUUUUAAUCUCUAAAA